AUGAGCCUUGAGGCCCCAUCCACACUCCUGGGACUGGCAGUGAAGAGUCUGCUGAGGCAUGAGGCCUUGGCCAUCUCAGUUCUGCAGCAGCUCCCCACGGAGCUCUUCCCAUCCCUGUUCAAGGAGGUCUUCAAGAGCAGACAUAUGAAGAUACUGACAGCGAUGGUGGCAGUAUGGCCCUUCUCCUGCCUCCCUGUCGGGGCACUGAUGCAGAUUCCUGAUGUGGUGAUAUUACAAGCUGUGCUGGAUGGUGUAGACAUGCUGUUGAAACAGCAGGUUCACCUGAGAAGGUCGAAGCUUCGAGUCCUGGACCUGAAAAAAGUGCACCAUGUCUUCUGGGAUGUUUUCAUGAUGGUUUUCAAUACUUUCAAGCCAUACUACAUUGAGGAAAUGUGUUUAUCCAUACGCUGGACUCCAAGAGUGCUGAGUCGUUUUGCACAUUGCUUUGGCCAGAUGAGAAAUUUGUUCAAACUCCAUCUAGCACGCAUUUCAGUUCACACCAACAAAGCUAUUUAUACCUUGGAAGAUGUAAAGAAGUAUACUGCUAGGUUCAUUGCUCAAAUCUCCAAACUCAAAUGUCUCCAGGAGCUCAUCGUCAAUGAUUCCUACUUUUCCAGUGAGCACAUGAAGCAGUUGUUCAGAUGCCUGAAGACCCCCUUGGAGUCUCUGUCAAUCAAACUGCGCAAGUGCUCACCUUUAGGCUUGAAGCACCUAUCUGAGUGUCAGUGGCUUUUUGAGCUAAAGCACCUGAACCUCUUUGGUGUUUCAUUAUUCAACUUUUGUCCCACAGCUCGGCAAGUUCUCCUCAAGAGUGUAGCUGACACUUUGCAAACUCUGCAGAUAAGCAACUGCUGUAUCAGAGACUCUCAACACAGUGCCCUCCUCCCUGUUCUGAGCCAGUGCCUCCAGCUAACACAUGUAAAUUUCUAUGACACUGUCAUUUCCAUAUCUGCCCUGAAGGACCUUCUGCAAAGCUUGGCCAAUCUAAGCAAGAUAACUGAGGAGCAUUACCCUGCCCCAUUAGAGUGCUAUGAUGACCAGGGCCAUGUCUUAGUCAACAAAUUUGCAAAUGUGUGUCUUGAUCUUCUGAAUAUACUCAGAGUCAAAAGACAGCCCAAAGUUAUUGACUUUGCCACAAACAUCUGCCGCAAAUGUUUCCAGCGCUGUGUCUUUGAUGGGAAGACCAGACUUUGUCCUUGUUUGUCAUAA